AUGCUGGCCGCGGGCGUCGAUGGCGCCAACGUGGAGCUGACCGAGACGCUGACGCCGACGCCGUCGUUUCUGGUCGAGCACGUGGCGACUCUGACGUGUGAUGGUAAGCAUGGCGCUGGAGCGGCGCAUGUGGCCGCUGGUGGCGGAUACGUAGCGGCGGCGGUCGAUGCCACCGUCUUGGUCGUCGACGGCGACGGCGAGGCGGCGACGGUGGCGCUCGACGCCGCGGUCGCCGGCCUGGCGGUCGCCGGCAGCGCGACGAGCGACGCCGGCCUGCUUGCGGUGAUCACUGUCGACGGCACGGUUGUCUUUCUCUCGCUGCCAGCGCUCGAGCUCCUCGCCGAGCACCCGGGCGCGGUGGCUGCCAGCAGCGACGGCGCGCCGGUCGAGGUGCCGGCCAUCGCGUGGCUGGCCGACGGUGCACGGUGGCACUUGGCGGCAGUGACGUCGCACGGGCCGGGUGUGGUUCUCUCAAACGUCUCGAUCGAAAACUUUGACCUUUCUGCACUUCGGCUGCAAGCGUUUGAUGCGAGCACCCGCCUCCACCAAGUUGCCGGUGCCGCCUUUGUGCCAUCGGUUGUUGAGUUUUCACCCUACACGCUGGCGGUGGCCGGCAUGCCGCUCGAUGGCGGCUGCGGCGACUCGAUUGUGCUGUGGGCCAUUGGUGGGCCCGAGGAGAAGCUGGUGGCGGUCGAUGGGCUGAGCCUGCCCGGCGGGCGUAUCCCUAGGUCGAUGGCGGCGUCUACCUGCGGCCGGGUGGUGGCGAUCGAGGACGAGGCCGGUGCGGUCCACUACGUUGACGCCGAGAUGCUUGUUGCUGUUGCACUCCCACAAGAAGUGAGCGGCGGCGUGAGCGGGGCGGGUGUGGCGGCGCUGGCCUUUGCGCCAGUCCCGGCGUUUCUCUCGGCCUCGACCGAGUCGGUCUGCGUCAUGUCACCGGCGUCGCUUGCUGACGUCGACGGCGGCGACGAGAACCUGACCUUUGACGUGGCGCUCACGGCUGGACUCAUCCCACUCAGCACAGCCACAGCUCGCGACGCAGUGUACGUGGCGGCAUGCUCUGCUGACCGGCUUGUGGUGAGCAUUCACGCUGUUCGCGAGGGUGUCCCGCGCUUCCGCCUCAACACGCUCCUCCUCGCUAGUGCAUACGCCGAGGCUGAGGCCUUUGCGGCCGAGCACGGACUUGACGGUGACCUUGUGCGCCAAGCGCAAAUCGAGGCCGCGUGCGUGCAGGUCAAGGCCGCGCUGGCUGCGGCCGGAGGCGACGAGGCUGCACGGCAAGUGGCUAGCGAGGCAUUUGUGGCUGCUGUUGCCCCGCUGCUUCAAGCUGCGGCGAAUGUGAGCCACGCCGUGAGCUUUUGCGUCCACGGCGCGUUCGACUCUGCCGACGCAACUCUUGCACUCCUCAACAUUGGGUACGAGUUGGCCAAGUCUGCCGACGAUGAGAGCCUCAUCACGCUCGUGACGGACGCGCUCGCACGGCUUGCCUCGUUUGAGAUCAUUGCCUCGAGCGAGGCUGGAAGCAGCUCUGGCUGGUUUUCCGGCAAGCAGUGGCAGCGGUUCCGAAGCGCACCUGCGCUUGGAAUUGUGCGGAUGCUUGUGGCCGAGUCCAAGAUGGCUGCGGCCAUCCUGGUGUGGUCGCGGCACUACGCGCACGCAACGACGUCGAGCGACGUCCUCACGCUCAUCAACCAGAUUCCCGAAGACGUGGGCGUUGACGAGUACCUCGAGUGGCUGCAGGCGCACCUCUUUGUGCGGAUCUCGCCGAGCGAUCGUCCUGCGCUUGAGGCGUGGGUUGAGCAGCGCGCACGGUCUGUGGAGCUCCGCGAGGAGCGGCCGCACGGCGCGCUCAAGCUGGCGUCGUCGCUGGCGUCGUUCAUCAAGGCUGCUGCCGCCAACGAGUCGACAGCGUUUGGCUGGACGCCGGGAUCUCAGGUUGCCGGCUUUAUGUCGCAGCUGUACAACGUCCGGCAGGCGGCGUCCACCGGGCUCACCCGCCUGGUGGCGCAGUUGGCCGACAUGGUGCGGCUGUUUGACGAGCACGACCUCGGCAUUUCGCUCCGCGACUAUGCGGCCGAGACCCCGAGCUCGAUUGCGGUGCUCAUGAUCGAGCGGGUAGUGCCAGACGCGCUGCCUGCCGAGCUCGCUACCCAUGUUCGGCCGUACCUUCUCGCACACGGGCUCGACGCUGACCAGGAGCUCGUCAACUACCUGGUGGCUUGGCUCGACGCGGCGGCACUGGCCGGCAACGCAGCUCUGGCGACUGAGGAUGCCGAGCUCCGGGCACUGGCUCUCCUCAACGGCGUUGUCUCGACUUCAGCCAAGAUGCAGGCAACGCUUGAGUUCUUCCGCCGCAUUCCCAUUCCGUGGUCGGCAGACAUUGAGGCGCUGAUGUCGAGCACGGCGUCGUGGGAAGGUGACGGAGCGGCCGAGCUGGCGGAGCAGGUUCGGCUCCUGCGGCUCAAGGCCAUGUUCCUCCGCUACGGCCUCCGCGAGGUCAAUCUCUCGGACGCGGCCAAGGCCAAAGACUACCUCUUCCACAUUCUGACUCGGCUCGAGUGCGAGACGGCGAUGGCCGAUGGUCUUUUGGUUGUCGAGGCGUACUCGUCGCUCAAGGCACACGACGCGUACAUCUUCCAUUUGCAGGCGCUGCUGGCGUCAGGCAAAGUGGUGCACCUGGCGCGGGCUGGCGAGCUCUUUGCCUCGCUUCCGCUGGCGUUGCAGCUUUCUGUCGGGCAGGAGCUCGUGCUGUGGAUUCAGGCGCGGUAUGAAGCGCUGCGAAUCGGUGGUGAGGCUCCUGGCAGCCUGCUCAAGCUCGUGGCUGCGCUCCGUGCGCUGCUCGAGGUCUGCGUUGCAGCUGAGGCCAAGGUCCGUGCGGCCGCGCUUACGGCGCCGAGUGCCAGCGAGAGUGCAGCGGCAGUGCCGGCGCGGCGGACGCGGACUCGGCGGGUGCGUGGCGCGGGCCUUCUCCGCCGCAACGCAAGCAACGCCAGCAACGACAAGAGCGGAAGCAGCUCGACGGUGGCGCAGCCGUUUGUCUACCUCGAUGUGGUAACCGAACUCUCCGGUGCGGUGGCGCAGGAGGCGCUUCUCGCCGAGUUUGGAGUGGCGCUUCCGCUGGCGACGCUUAACGACAGCGACGCUGCGCGCGAGGCGCUGGCGAUGUACGUGGCGUCAAUGCGCCAGAGCAGUGCCGACGGUGGUGAUGCCUCUAAGAAGGGCGCCACGUCAAUCAACAAGACUCGGCUGUACCGGAUGGUAGAGCUGCUGGGCCUCGCGCGAUCAGACCUAGAGGGCGUGCUCGCGCACGAGGCCGCGGUGUUGGGCGAUCCGGUCCGAGCCACCGCGCUGUGCAAGGAACUUCUCCUUCGCAACCGCGGAGCGCGUGCAGCAGAGACGCUCACUAGCGUGGCAGACACGCUGCUCCACCACACGGUAGGGAGCAAAGUGGUGGCGUCGGCGCCAUCGCGGGCUCGGAACCUUGUGCAGACCUCUCUCUCAGUUUGCGCCGACGAUGACGUACUCGCGCUGCUAGACAAGUUCCGCGCGGCCGAGCAAGUAGCCGAGGUGGUGGAUCAGGCGCGGUCUGUCGAGGCGUGCGCACCCGAAGAAGAGGUGACGAACCUUGUCCGUGGCGCGUAUCCGUCCCACUACCACGAGGGCGGGCUCGAGCUCGAGCUGGAGCGGCGGUCGAGCAAGGGCAAGGGCAAGGAGGAUGACGAGCACGAUGAGAACGAGGCCGGCGCAGAGGCUGGUGCUGUUGCAGGCGAGCGUCUCACUCCAGGAGGAGCCAAAAAGCAGCUUGCAACGAUGCUCAAGCAGAACGGGUGGGUCCAGUCUGCGCUCAAGGUCCAGCUGGAGCUCGCGCGGACGCGGAGCGGCUCGCCUGGUGAAAGUGAGAUUGUGGGCCUCCACUCGGCGCUGCUCGACAAGGUGCUCGGCUCGCGGCGGCUGGAUCGUGAGCUUGCUGUGAGCUACAUGUGCGCGCUCCCGUAUCAGACGGGCCACACGACGUUCCAGAUGGCGGCAUCGCGCGUGAACGCGGAUUACGGGCGUCUAGGCGUGCUGGCAUCGAUCGGGCAGGACGUGGCGUACUUGUGGAAGCAGCACGCGUUUGAAGGGAGCUGCGAGAAGCUUCGGGCGAACGCGCGGUGGUGGGCGCAGCUUGCACUGCUGGACAUUCCGUUUGACGCCAAGUCGUUCAACUGCGGUCCGUCUGCGCGGUACCAGGCCUCGCUCGUUCCACAGCUCCUCCGUAAGACUGGGCACGACAUCGAGACAGUGCUCGAGUUUACCGAGACGUACGCCAUUUCGGACCAGGCUGCACUGGAGCACUACAUCACGGUGCUGCUUGUGGGCGACGACUCGGCGUCGUCGUCAUCGGGAGGGAGCGGAGACGGAGGUAAGGUCGGCCCGUACUCGCUACUUUACCAAGAGCAAGUGGCCCGUGUGGUGGGCGAGAUGCAGCCGGAUGGGUUGCUGGAGACGCUCAACUCGCGCGUUCUUCCGUUUGUCUCCGAGUACGACUACGACCGCAUUAGGUUUGUGUACGAGCUCAUCGACAAGCUUGUGGGCUCGGAGGAGGAGGCACGGGCGAUGGUCGAGGUUGUGAAGGGCCUGCAGCGGUACGCCAAGGUGCCGACCGACGAAGUGCUCGUGGCACCGCUGAAAGAGCGGGUGGCGGCCGGCGAAGCGCGCGCGCUGGGCAGCCUCCGGGUCGUCCCGCAGUCGGUGCUGGAGGAGUGGGAGCUGACGCGGCUGCCGUUCUUUACGCUCAUUGAGAACCCGCUGCUUGUGCUUAAGCCGCAGCUCAAUCCUGCGACUGUGCGGAAGCUCAUCCCGCUUGCGCGGCACCUGGAGGUGUCUGAGGAUGCGCUUGCGAUCGAGCUCAUCGAGAACGUGAUGUCUGCGCUGGCGCCGGCGGCGGCGGCGGUGAGCGAGGUCGACGACGAGAUUGGCGGCGAGAACGCAGAUCCAAACGAGCGUCGGGCCGGAGCUAGUCCGAGCAAGGCGAGCAAGGAGACAGGCAAGCGCAACAGCGGCGAUGCAAGGUCAGCAGCAACUGCUUCGUCGGGCGAGUACCAUUACUUGGUGCCUGCGGCGCCGGGUACGAGCACGGGCGGCGGGCGCAGCAUCCGCAAGACAAUGGUGGUGACGUUUGAGGCUCUUCGGGUGUAUCUGAACAAGAUCUCGGAGACUGCGCGGGCCAUCGAGGUGGGCGAGUGGGUGGCGAGUCAAUUCCCGCUGGGCAAAGACCGGCUGAAGGCGUACGAGUUCUGCUGCACGCUGGCAGCCAAGUUCCGGCGGGAGACGCGGUCGUCGAGCGAGGCGGUUGCGCUCGUGGAGCGGCUCAAGCGGGCCGAGAAGGAGACGGACGUGGCGCUGCUGCUUGUGGACAACCAGCUGACGGCGUUCCUUGACUACGUGUCGCAGCCUGAAGAGCUUGUGUGCCAGCUGUACUUUCAGCUGGGUGCGGCCGAGUUCCUCCGCGAGUCGCGCGGCCUUUCCAACGCCAACCUGCACUACGUGGCCGACAACAUUGCCGGCAAGUUCAAGGGCGAGGUGGACGAGGAGCGGACACGGGAGCAGCUUGUGCAGCUGUGGCUGUCCGAGGACGAUCCGUCGACAUACGAGCCGCGGGAGGAGCCGCUACCAGCGGCGCUUGUUGCAUCGCGGGCGUUCCUGCGAAGCCACGGGUUUGGGCCCGAGUGGGAGGUGCUGAUGCGGAUUGCUUUCAUCCUGCAAUACGAGGAGGAUGUGGCCAAGAAGCUGGGGUGGCUCCUCAACUACGCGUUCCAAGACAAGUCGCUGAAGAUCUCGUCGCUGUCGCGGGCCAAGGCGCUGCAGCUUGUGUUUGCGCUUGCGCCUGCCGAGCUCAUCGAGCGUGCGUAUCCGGGAAGCAGCAAGGAGCUGGCAUCAAAGCUCGAGUCGUUCCUAUAUCUCUCCGAGUUUGAGCGUGUGCGGUUCCCGUACACGAUGGCGGAGCUUUCGACCGAGAACAAGGAGGGACUCCCGGAGACGCUAGAGCUUGCAGUCAAGCUCGCCAUCGACCACGAGGUCGUAGACGGUGGGCUAUGGAUCCAGUUCCUUGAGCGUGCGCUUGCACGACGGGCGACACCACUGCUGCUGCGGUCGCUGGAGUUUGUGGCUGCACAGCCUGUCCUUGCCUCGCUCCCGAUCAUGAGCGAGGUGUGGCAGUUCCUUGUCGACGCGGCCGAGGCGGCGGACGAGGCGGUUGCGUCGCCGCGGGAGCUGCUUGCCUGGCUCCGCCGGUGCCCGUUCCUUGUCUCGCUGGACUUGAGCGGGCUGGUGGCGAGCCUUGCAGGACGCGGCGAAGUGGGGCUUGCGCUGGCGGCGGCAAAGCUUGUGCCGUCGCCUGCGGCGCGCGAGGCGCUGAUCGCGGCGCAGCUUGCGGGGCAGAGCCACGCUGCACGGCUGGCGCUGCUGAAGAGCGUCGACGACGCGCUUGUUGUGGACGCCGUGGUGACCUCUGUGGUGGCCGAGGCCAACUACACCGGCAUCUACGACGAAGGCGUGCCUGCAAGCGCGUUGCAGGCGAUCGUGGCCGGAGCAGUGGCGCAGGGCGAUGUACUCCCGCUCGUCCGCGCGACACUCGAGGCCAAGCACGCAGUGGAGGCGCGGCAGAUUGUGGCGUUCUUUUGCGAGCAGCAGCCCGAAGCGGAGGGCGCCAAGGCUGUGGCGAGCGACGAUGGUGACGCGCUGGAGAACUUUCUCAUGGCGGUGGGCAACGAGUCCGACUUUGACCUGUUGCUCGCGGUGGGCGAGUAGACCCAAGAGAUAAAUGAACCAUGUAACCUGGA